CAUUCCAGUCAGCAGCAGCGAGCGAAGACCAUGGAGGCGGACACGGAAUCCUCCCCCCGCGACCUGGAGCUGUCGGCGCUGGAAGCGGAGAAGGAGCCGAUGGCGGCGGCCGGGGAAGAGGACGCGGCACCCCCCCCCGAGGCCGAGCCGGGCCCCCCCGGUGGGGAGAAGAACGGGCUGGUGAAGCUGCCCGAGGAACUGGGGAUCCCCAUUGAAUCGGGGGGCUCCAAGUUCACAGGGCUGGGGAAGGAGGAGCUGCUGCGGGCGGCCGGGACCCCCCCCUGGGCCAAGGCCCGUGCCAUCCUCCUGCUCCUCUUCUGGCUCGGCUGGUUGGGGAUGUUGGGGGCCGCCGCUGCCAUCGUGGCCCGAGCACCCCGCUGCCGGCCUCUGCCCCCCCGCUCCUGGUGGGAGCUGGGAGCGCUUUACCGGGCCCCCCCUGCUGCUUUUGCCGGCGAUCUGAAAGGUGUGGCCUCGCGGCUGGAGCACGUGGCCGGGCUGCAGGUGAAGGGGUUGGUGCUGGGGCCGCUGCACCCCCAGAACUCGGGGCUCCUCCAGGACACCCCCUUGGGGGAGCUGGACCCAGAGCUGGGCUCCCUCUCGGACCUCAGCCACCUCCUGCAGGCCGCCAAGAAGAAGGGGAUCCAGGUGAUCUUGGAUUUGACCCCCAACUACUCUGGGGGUCCGGCCUGGUUUGGGCCCACAGUGGCUGAGGACCCUGGCUUCCAGGACAAGGUCAAGCGAGCGAUGAGCACGUGGCUGGAGCGCGGCGUCUCCGGCUUCUUCCUGGAUGGCAUCGAGGAGCUGAAGCCCUCAGUGUUGGCCGAGUGGCGGAACCUGACAGAGCAGAGCAGCCCUGAGGGCAUCCCCAGGGUGCUGGUUGGGGGCACGCGACUGCAGGACCCCCCCUCAGUGCUGGCGCAGCUCAACUCCUCGGCCGUGGGGCUGGGGCUGGUGCUGGUGCCCUCCCUGGAGGCGCUGGUGUCCGAACCCUUCAGCCCCACGCUGGUCCCCCGAUUGCUGGAGUUCCUGGGACCCCAAAUCCCCCUGGCCUGGAGCGUGGGGUCCCCCUGGAAGCACCUCGUGGGGCUGAGCUCCCUCCGUGCCCCCCAACUCCUCCUCCUGCUCUGGACCCUGCCCGGGACCCCUGUGCUCAGCUAUGGGGACGAAGUGGGGCUGAUGGAUGCUAAACAGGGGGAGGCCCCGUUCACCCCCCGGCCUGGACAGCUGACCCCGAUGCCCUGGGAACUGAUCGAGGGGAUCCAGAAGGGCGACAACAGCACCGAGGCCCAGCUGCUGGAGCUCUGCCGCCGCCUGGGUGCGCUGCGGGUCCAGGAGCGGUCGCUGUCCCUUGGGGAUGCCGAGGCCGUUCCCGCUGGAUCGGCGGCCGCUUUCCUGCGGAGCUGGGACAAGAACAAACGCUUCCUGGUGGUGCUGAACCCCGGGGACCAGCCCCUGCCUGCGUUGGCCCUGCAGGACCCCCGCCUGCCCCCCCAGGCCACCCUGCAGCUCAGCACCCACCACCCGCCGCCCGCAGAGCCUCACGUCGAGCUGGGGGCUCUCAAGCUGCGGCCCUACGAGGGGUUGUUGCUCAGCUUCCCGUAUACCCCAUAGUGCCAGUGCUGCCCCACAGCAUCUGUGGGGCAGGAGCAGUCGCUUCCCCC